CCCAGGGGCAGGCAGACUGCCAGCGUGCUCCUGGCCCCCACUCCCAGGGAUCCCUCCACCACCCCUCGCUGCUGCCUCUGAGACAACAGCAUGGGGCAGCAGGUUCGGUUCCUGUUGGCCUCUGGCUUGGAUGAUGGAGCCCAGAGCCCAGAGCCCCCAGCCUCUAGCAGCCCCUCUGUUGCUGCUGGGGUAGCACCACUGCCUAUGGGGUUGGGCAGAUGUGGGGCAUGGACAGAGAUGGGCUUUGGGGCACUGGCAGGGGACCCCCCACCCUCCAGCAACCUUGCAGCCCCCGAGCUGCACUCCAGCCUGGCCCUGGGCAGAGAGGUGCAGGCAGCAGCUCAUGAGGCCUUUGAUGCACAUCGUGCUGCCCAAGAUCUGCUGGCCACGUCCUUUGUUGUCCGUUGCAACGUGGAGGAGAAGGCUGCCACAGCCAUGAACAUCCCCCGGGAGCAGCAGCUAUACCAGGGGCUUGUGAGCCUGCAGGUACCUGCAGAGGAGGUGCUCAGCUGUGCAAUUCAAGAGAAACUGUCACUUGUCCAAACCCAGCCUGAACCCCGCAAGGAGCCUGACCUUGAAGGCCCAGACCUGCUGAUGUUCUAUGAGCCCUUGGAACUGUUUGCAGAGACCCCCUACCUGAGUGUGGAGGGGUUGCCCCCCUUGCGGCUGCAGCCCCCCCCAAUCCGCCCCCCCGCCUCCACCUUCCAGAUGUUCCGCCAGCUGCAGCAGUGGGAUGCCUAAGGAUGCCAGCAGGCAUUGUGGUUGAGGCCAGACAGAGUGGGCAGCUCCCCAACCAUGUUCCCACUCACAUGGCUCUGUCCCUUUGUACCCAGCCUCUGUGGGGCCACCCAAUAAAUCCCCCUGGGCUCA